AUGCUUGGCACCGCUGACAGUAUGUUACAACUUAGCUUCCUCACGCAGCCGAAUAUGUACGCACGUGGAAUACUAUUCGGAAAGAUGAAGUACGAAUUGGGCGACCACAGUUUCAUUAAAUGUCCUGAGAAUGGCCUGAUGGCAGACAUCGAGUUCAAGACCAAAGGAUACUUUGGUGGGACCUACAACGCAAUAGGCGGGAACAUCAAGAACGAAAAGACCGGAGAGACUUUAUUCGAGCUAUCAGGCAUGUGGAGUGGCGAGAUGGUAUUGAAGGAUGUCAGGACUGGACAUAAAGAAGUUCUCUUCAAUGCGUCACAUGCGAAGCACACGCCUCCAGUUAUACGACCAAUUGAAGAACAAGAUGAGCGGGAGUCGCAGAGGCUGUGGCUUAAGACCGUGAUAGCCAUCAAGGAGUCAAAUCAUAUUGCUGCGACAGAGGAGAAGUCGAAAGUAGAAGACAGACAACGAGAUGAGACCGCAAAGAGAGCGGAGCAGGGAAUUGAGUGGCAACCAAAACUUUUCCGGCCAGUUCGUGGAGGGCCUGGUGGACCAGAAGAAGGAGAAGAAGACCUGGAUUGGAUACUAAACGCGAAUAUCGAUGGUGCUACUCCCGAAGAAAAAACCAAGCAGAUACUUGCCAUCGCUCCAAUACUCAGAGGUCAGCAACACAACCAGCAGAGCAAGGCUUCCCAGCCUCAGCAAAGCCAAGAGAACUCACAACCACCAAGUCAGCCACAGCAGCAGGCGGUAGCCCACGACGAUUUGAUCGAUUUCGGCCAGUCAAACCCAGCCCCAAGUACGUCUGCGGCAGUAGGACAGAGUAAUCCAAUGCAGUUUCAGCCAAAUGCACCCCCAGGGAUGCAAGCGCCACUACAGCCGGGCCAUCCGAUCAAGCGUGUCGACACGAAAACAAACAAUCUUGAUGAAUUCGUCGACGCACCAGGUUAUUAG